AUGGCCACCGACGCCGUACCAGUGGUUGAUACACCUUGUAAUUCUACCAACACUGUGGAAGCAGUGCAUUCACAAGGGCCUGGCAGUUAUGGUCUCAAGGGCUUUGUACUAGGUACAGUUUUUCCUCCUUCUCCUUUCAUAACUAGACUCGAAGGUCAGCAACUUGAUAAUCCAUCUUUCCUUAUUCAUAAGAAGCAAGACAAGUUUCUAACUUCUUGGCUAUUGUCUACCAUCACAGAUGAUGUCUUGGUACAUCUCACACUUGUCAAGACUAGCUUUGAUAUUUGGACGACCAUUGAAAGAAGGUUUAGUGCCAAAUCAAAUCUCAAGAUCUCAAGUAUACUUCAUGCUUUGUACUCGCUCAAGAAACUAAAUCUUACAGUUAAGGAGUAUGUGUCUAAGGUAAAUAAUCUUAGUGAUAGUCUGAUUACAGCUGGUAGUUUUGUUUCUGAACAAGAACAAGUAAGUGUUAUCUUGGCUGGUCUUUCGAUCGAGUUUGAGUCCAUUCGGGUGUUUGCCUCUACAGCUCAUUUAUCCCUUGACUUGUUGACUGAAAUGUUACUUGAUUGUAAAGUACGACAAUUGGCUCUAUUGACAGAAGUUUCUUGCCAAGCCAAUUUAGCUUCCCAUCACCAAGACACUAAAAGUAGCUCGAAACAACCUACUGGCUCAAAUCGAUAUUCUCAAGAAUAUAAGCAAAGCCGCAGAGGGCAAGGUCGUGGCUGGUUUGAUGAAAUUUUUUCUGGUGUUGGUUCAACUAAUUCAAUAACAGUUAACUAUCAUCAUCUACAUGACCAAGGUUCUUCUUCUACUACUCUUACUUUAUCCAGGUUACAUAUGUCUCAUUGCUGUGGUUCGUUCCCUCAGCCUUCAUUCAAUCAGUCAUCUCCUCAAGAUCCUACCUCUUCUCUACCUGACCAGACCUGGUACAAGUCAAAUGUCAUGGGCAAUGGUGAUUCUGUAUCUAUAGCUCACAUAGGCUCUUCCAAUUUCUUGGCUGGCUCUAGACUCUUACGUCUUCAGAAUAUUCUACAUGUCCCUACGAGUGGGUUUUCUUCCAGUUCAAAUGUGGACUCCAUCAGGAUUGAUCGUCAACGCUCUUGUUUUUUUCUGGUUGUCUCCUCUCCUUCUUCCGGUUCUACUUUAUCUGGGGGUGCUCCUAUGUCCACUUCUCCGCAAGAUACUUUCUUCGGGUUACAUAGGGGUUCAUCUGUGUCCACUUCUCCGCAAGGUACUUUCUCUGGGUUACAUAGAAGUUCACUUGUGUCCACUUCUCUGCCAGCUACUUUAUCCAGGUUACAUAGGGGUUCUCCUGUAUUCGCUUCUCCUCAAGCUACUUUAUUCGGGUUACUUAGGGGUGCUUCUGAGUCAGCUCCUCUUUCAGCUAUUGCGCCACUAGUACCUAUUCUGAUUGGUUCUUAUACAACAACUACUCCUCUUGUGAAUCUUCAUCGUAUGCAAACUCGCUCAAAAAGUGGUAUUUUCAAGCCAAAAGUAUUCUCUUUUGCUCUGAACGAGAAGGAACCUUCGUCCAUUGGAGAAGCUUUUCAAAGCUCGGUCUGGACUGUCGCUGCUCAAGCAGAAUAUAAUGCUUUAAUCUCCAAUCACACUUGGGAUCUCAUGUCUUUGCCUCCUGAUCAGAAAGCAAUUGGAUGCAAGUGGAUUUUCAAAGAGACAUUUAGUCCUGUAGUCAAGCCUACAACGAUCAGAGUGGUUCUGGAAGACAUUUAUAUGGUGCAACCACCAGGGUUUGAGCAACAAGGGACAAAUGGCCAACAACUGGAAUUAGGAAAGUUGAGCUAUUUUCUUGGCGUCAAAGUCACUUAUACUUCGAAUGGUGUCUUUCUUAGCCAGAGAAAAUAUAUACUUGAUUUACUUCGAAGAGCUUCCAUGGACAAGUCAAAUGGUUCUCCUACACCCAUGAUAUCUACCUGUCAUCUAUCAGCUCAUGAAGGCAGCCUUGUUGAAGAAGAAUAUCUUUUCAGAAACAUUGUUAGUGCUCUACAAUUUGUCGUGAUUACCAGGCCAGACAUUGCCUACUCUGUUAACAAGGAUAUUCAGAUGCCAGUUGGGGGUCUGACCCUGAUGAUCGGAGGUCCACGUCGAGAUCUUGUGUUUUCCUUGGAGGAAAUCCAAUCUCUUGGAGUUCCAGAAAACAACAAGUGUCUCCAGUGCGAUAGUUCAGCUGCUGUUGCAGUUGUAGGCAAUCCUGUCAUGCAUUCCAAGUUCAAGCAUGUCGAGUUGGACUUGUUCUUUGUAAGAGAAAAAGUUGCGAAUGGAUCCUUUGAAGUAGGACAUGUGCCCAGUCAAGACCAGAUUGCUGACAUCUUGACAAAACCUCUAUCAAUAGGGUCAUUCAGCAAGUUUAGGAGCUAG